AUGUCAAUCCGGUCAUAUAUAGGAGUGCUCAACCCUCUUGAGGAUCUUGUACGACCAGAGCGUGCUUUCAGUGAGGGCUGGGAGUUUAUCCCCCGUGAUGGUAAAAGGUACACGGAAGAGGAUUGGAAAGCAUGCUUCACGCAGCAGCCCCUUAUAGUCAACGGGCAGUUCAAGGAGCUCAAACCCUACCUUUGCCCCGCCAUGGGAGGCUGCCCCGAUCUACCCGUUCGACCACCCAUUCUUCACUUCGGAUGGCGUCUCGAGCCCGCACAGGUCAUGCCCAUCAUCCGCGCUCAGUUCCCCGACCAAAUUCGCGAGGCUUGGAGAAGCCAGGAGGAGCUCGACCGUUUCAUUGACGAAGAUGAUGGACCAGAAUUCACCAGCGAGGGGAUGCUCGCCAAUCCCGAUGCCUUGCAUGACCAUCUGCGUCUUGGACUCAAGCAACGUCAGCAGCUCAACUUCAGCGUUUUCUGCGACUCGCGUGGUGUACCAGGAAUCGGCCUUAGCAUCGGGACGAGCUGUCAGGGCAUCUUGGGACCGCGGACUCGCGAGAAGGUGUGCGAGCUGUUCAACCUUGAGAUCUCGGAUGCCCAGUGGUACCUCGAUCGGAAGUUCUGGUACUGGUUCAAUCGCCGUCCCGGUGCUCGUAGUUCGUCGCCGGAGGAAACAUCGGCCAUGCAGCAUGCUGUUUCACCGGAAUCCAGCACAUCUUCUCAAUCAAACGCCCCCUUGACAUCGUCGGGGAUGCCAAUUGAGAGCCAGAUUACCGCGUUAACUAUCUCAGAUAACAUCGCUGUGUCUGGUAUCUGA